CUCCAUAAGCUCGUUUGCAGCCGCUGAGUUUGAGCAGAGGAGCAGGAGAAGAGCACAGAGCCGCAGAGGGAGAGUUGAAGGAGCAGAGCUUGUCCGCGUGUGUGACCGGUUAGGGGAACACAGACUUGUUCUUGUGCAGUAAUGUGCGUAAAAGGCGCGUUUUCAUUUUUACGCACGGGUAAAAGUCUAAACGAUAGAUAGGUUGUUAUUGAAUUCCCCACUUUCUCCCUCCAUUUGUACUGAAUUUACGAAUUCAUGAUUUUCACACAGAGACGUUUUCAAGUGAACAUUCCGCAGACUACAGUUACAGUUUUGUACACUGUCGAGUACGCGUGCGGCGGUGAAGCUUUCUGAAAGUUUCGAUUGUUGUCUUUGUAUUUGGCACGGGAUCAUUGACUUUGUUGUACAGAUUUAGGUCUAUAUUCAGUGGUUUAAUUUGAAUUUCGGUCUGACAAAGCAAAAUGGAUCCUUUAUUCAAUUCCACCGAUUUGCUAAAUUCGACCACGAGCUCCAACGACACCAACAAGCUUAACAGGACCGUGUACUCGAACCAAUUUGUACAGCCAGUAUGGAGAAUCGUCCUCUGGGCCAUUGCGUACAGUUCUAUAGUAAUUGUGUCAGUGGUAGGUAAUGUAACGGUGAUCUGGAUUAUUAUGGCGCAUAAACGCAUGAGGACCGUCACCAACUACUUUCUGCUAAACCUGGCGUUCGCCGAAGCCUCCAUGUCCGCCUUCAACACGGUGAUUAACUUCACCUACGCCGUGCACAAUGAGUGGUACUUCGGACUGAUCUACUGCCGCUUCCACAACUUCUUUCCGAUCGCGGCUGUCUUUGCCAGCAUCUACUCAAUGACUGCCAUCGCCCUGGACAGGUACAUGGCUAUUAUCCACCCUCUGCAGCAGCGCAUGUCAUCCACAGAGACCAAAGUGGUGGUGGGUGUGAUCUGGGUGCUUGCUCUGCUCCUGGCCUUCCCUCAGUACUUCUACUCCAACACGGAAAUGCUCCCCGACCGGGUGGUGUGCUACAUCGACUGGCCCGAAUACACCCUGUGCGACUUAAAAAAGAUAUACUCUGUGUGUGUUGCCAUCCUUAUCUACUUCCUUCCUCUCCUGGUGAUGGGUUGUGCUUAUCUGGUGGUGGGACUGACCCUGUGGGCCAGUGAGAUCCCUGGAGACUCCUCCGAUCGCUACAAGGAGCAGCUGACCGCCAAACGCAAGGUGGUGAAGAUGAUGAUUGUAGUGGUGUGUACAUUUGCCAUCUGCUGGCUGCCCUACCAUGUUUACUUCCUGCUGCAGCAGUUCUUCCCUGACAUGUUUGAGAAAUGGUUCAUCCAGCAGGUCUACCUGGGCAUCAUGUGGCUGGCAAUGAGCUCUACCAUGUACAACCCCAUCAUCUACUGCUGCCUCAAUGACAGGUUUCGUGCUGGUUUUAAACAAGCCUUCCGCUUUUGCCCCUGCAUCCCUCAAGGCUCUUACGAAGGCCUGGAGCUCAAGUCCACUCGCUACCUUCAGACCCAGACCAGCGUUUACAAGGCCAGCCGGAUGGAGACCACUGUGUCUACUGUUCUCCAGGCUAGUGAUGACAUGGAGCAGCCUAAGGUCAAGGCGAUAGCAGGUCCUGGGCCUGGUGGGGCUGCAGUCGGGGCCAGGCCUCAUAGCUCCUCCUUGGACCUGACCUCGAAUGGGUCAUCAUCCCGAAGUGUCUCCAAAACAGUAUCUGAGACGUCCAGUUUCUACUCCAGUAACAACCUACAGGAAUAGACCUCAAACACAGGUGGCUUUUUUCCAGACAGCAGGGAGAGAGUGUGAGUUGACUGUUCAUAUUGCUUCUUUUGCCUGUGUUCAUGCAAAAGUACAGCAUGAAUGUGUGAGUUUGUCUCAAAGUGACUGUGGCCGAGUAGUUGAUGAAUACAUUUCCAUUAGAACGUCAUGUUGGGUAAUUUGCAAGUGAGACUAAAUCCCAGUUCACCGAGCACUGUCUUCACCCACAACGCCCUUGUAUAAAGCACUCACGCUCCUCACAGUUAAUGAUCAACUCACAUUAGGAAGGUUUGCUCUGUGCCAAAAAGUGAUGAUGAGCACGUCAACAACAUGAGCACAUUCCAGUUCAAAAGCUAAACUGAAGCAGACGCUAGCACCUCCAAGCUUCACAGCUUCUCCUUGUCACACCAGCCUUCUCUCAGUGCAGAGAGAAGGUUCACACAUCCCCUAUCACACAAGCUAUGUGACUUCACACAGUCUAUUUUAGAGAGGAGCCACAACAUGAGAUCAGCAUGCUGUGAACACACCAGCCUCUCAUUUUAACAGGGGUGUUCUCUUGAAGAGACAGAGCUUGGAGACCUUGGCUUUUCAGAAACUUCUCUGUAGAAAACCUGGUUUUCACAGGAAUUCUCUCCCCAGAAGAUACAUGUUGAAAACACAGGCAGAUGUGUGUUUUCAGUUGAAAGGGUCUCCCAGAAGAGGUAUAAACCCUGAACUUUUUAUGUAUGAGUGUGUGCGUGCGUAUGCAUGUAUGUGUGAGAGCUGCUCUGAAUGCCAACUCUGUCUCCCCGAGCCAGAGUUCCUCAGCAAUCCAUUGUGCAAAAUGAGUACCUGUCUGGCUGAAGGAGUGCUCUAAGGAUACCCUGCAGACAUUACUGAAAAGUUCUGGCAGUCGCCUAAAAUGCCAACAGCAUCUGGCUCAGCUUCCAUCUGGCUAAACACUGACUUCAACAGCUGGGAGCGUCAGCUCUGAAACAUAGAGGUGCUUCAAAUACUGAAGAGGCAACAGCAGACCUCAAAUGGGAAUGAGAGUUUUACUAAAAGUUAAAUUGCCUAAUAGGAGACCUUAAUCCCAGAUUCAGUCCUCCAUGAGACCACUAAACCCAAACAACACUGGUGGGUGGCUCUCAGACUGAUCUGCAAAGGAUGACAGAUGAAGAAAAAACAGAAGAAAUACAGUUUCUCACUAAUAACCCUCCCAUCUGCUACCUGACUAUCUAACCAGCUCCACCUUUAUCAGACUCAUGACACAGGGUCGUGAUCUGAAUGCGAGGCAACACUUGAGGCAACAAUGUAAAAUAUUUAUAUAACUUUCAUUAGCUGCUCCUACCCUUCCACCUGGCAGUAACAUGCACUCUGUGUCUUAAUGCGAUUCGGCUGGAUUACAUUUAUACUUCACAUUAAUGUGUCUUCAGCACACACUGUAUUCACAUUUCAUAUGCUGUCGCUCCAUCAAAAUGUAACCCAGCCAUGGCAGACGCAUGUUAAUAUCAGGUUUAAAGGGCUUUGUCGAUGUUUCAGCCUGGACUUUGCACAGGCAGCCUAUUAGCUCUUUAAUGUGCAGCGAUGUGCCUUGCUGCUUAGCAUAAUGUCUGUAAAAUUGGGGCAGAGAAGCAGCUCGCUGUGCUGGGGUCCAGGAAAAGGACAGUUAGAUAACAGAGACUACAGAAGCCCACUGGGACAAACUAUCUCCUACAGUGGUAAACACUUGCACAUACACACAAGAACAUAUUACCACAGUUCUUAGUCAAACUGUCUUAGUACUGUGGCAAAUAGUUUUAAUAGUUUCAACAGACUUAAUGUUAUAUCAUGACAGAUAGUCAUUUGCAACAUAUUUGAAGCAUAGUUAAAAAUUCCAUAUAGAAAGUGGAGUUAAUUAAUGGAAGCCAGAAUAUUUUACUACAAAUAUCCUGCAGUGAGUUUAAUAACUAAAUCCACAAGAUUUACAUAUUUGCUGUGUAUAGAACAAACACAGGCUCAUCUAAACAGUGAAGCUGUAAUUUAUCAGACACUGACACACAUGCAAGAAAGAGAAUAAAAUCAUCAAUUUUAAUAAGUCUUAGUGAAGUAUUUAAGUCUAAAAAUCCAAACAGGUUUUGACAAUUCCAUGUGUUUUGAAUUGGAAAUCAACUCAGUAGCCUCACAUCAUUAUCAGAUAUGAAUUGUGAUAGAUAUUUGAGACUCACUCGUGGAUGAAAUCACAUUUCUGGAUGGAUAUUCUUUGCAGUGUGCAUGCACAACACGUGAGCACACACAGAGAAUGAUCACCUGUUGAUGCCCAUCAUUCUACUUCCACUCACACACAUACAUAAAUACACACACACCACGUUCACCCUCCUGUCGCCUGGUCUAUUCUCAGCACACAAAGCCUGUUGUUAUAAAUUCCACAGUCAGCUGACAUGAAACUGAGGAGCAGAUGUGAAGCAACAUGACUUUAUUGGAAUUACAGCAACGAUCAGUAAUUACAUCACUUUAU